AUGAGCGUGACGGUGAAGAUGAAUAUAGCAUUAGGCGCCCAUGGCGGCAUCCGCAACUAUACAGGACAGAGGGCCUACCAUAACGUGUUAAAGAUCGCUCGAAAGAUUCACGCUUUAAUACGGUAUGGCGGCGAUGUAUGCGGAUGUCGAGAAAGGGUAACUCGCCGCCCGACCAGAACCAGACCCGAGCGUAUGACGCGUAGCGUUCCACCCGCGCCUCAAAGAGAAAGCAAUGGCAACAAAUUAGGGCGGUAUUCAAGAAGAGAUCGCGUCAGAAGAGCCAAGAGACCAAGGGAACGGAAGGGCUUCGUCCGUCACGAGUAUGACUAUGACAGGAGUCCCGUAGAGUUCGAUGUAGCCAGUUUCAUACAGGCUGAUGAUGAGCUCGUCGAAGAAGAUGGGAUGCCAAUGAAGCAAAGGAACAACAAGCGAAGAACUUCGAAGAAUUCCGAGUACGGCAACUUAAUGGGUCUGAAUGUUGAUGAGAAGAAACGGGAGCGGAGUCCAGAUUAUCUAGGCAUGAACGAAGCUUCUCCAGAUAUGAAAUACAAUCCUCCAUUGUUCAAGGACACCAAUUCCAUUUCACUCAACUCAAAGCAGCCUAACUACAACUCUUUAGAUGAUCUUCAUGGUGAGAAGCAUGGACACGACAAAUUCCGAAACACGUUCAAAGAUGAUUUGUUGAAGAAUCAUAAUGCUGUCCACACUCAUGAAAAGAAGUGCACACUAAAAAACAUAAAGUUCCCGUUUUUUUCCCAUAACAAAUCAGAACCAUUGAAGCCAAAGAAAAACAAAAAGAGAAAGCUGUUCUGUUUCAAUUGUCCUAAAAAGGGCUCAAAGUAUUCGGUCGAAAAUAUGAUGGAUGAUGAUGAUUCAUUGAGUCACUUCAAGAUAAAAAGAUCAUUUGAAGACAGGCUUUGUCCUGCUUGCAAGAAGAAAUUCUUGGUCAGCUUGGAACAAAAUGAGAGACGCAAAAAGGCUUCCAGAAAAAUGUUGCACAAUAGCAGGCAAUACUACCAAAACAUUUCACCUGAAGCAAAAUUAAAAGAGAAUUUAAAGAAUUUAAGAAGAACUAAUGUAAUAAAUACAUACGAUAUCCCAGAAAUUACUAGAACCAAGAGAGAAGAAGAUAGAGAAAGGCAGUUGAAAGAGUUAGAAGAAGUUCAAAGGAAGAUAGACAACGUGGAGAUUAAUGUUCCUAGUUUUGAUAAACCGGCUGAGAAGAGUCCGUACAAGUAA